AUGGACUACAUUAAAGGCUUUCGACAGUAUCAUGUGAACUUCUGGCUCUGCACGCUUCUGUUAUUUCUCGUGGAGCUUGGUUGUGCAAUCCUUGCUGCUCCUUCGCCCAUGCUUCUAGAGACAGCCGUCUGUCGGCAUCAUUUUGAGAAAGACAGACAGCUUCUCAAUGGAGAGCCAACAGAUGAGUUCUGCAGGAGUAACGAGGUACAAGUGCAUUUCGCAUUCGUAAUAACUGUGCUGUCAACACUGUCGACAUUGGCUGCGACGAUGAUGCAAGUCCCAAUGGGAAUGCUUGGGGACAAAGGCGGCAUUCGUCUUGCUUUUAUGCUGAAUGCCACCAGUACUAUCUUCUACUGGGGAUGCAUAGCAAUCGUAGGAUCGCAGCAUCACUUUCCACUCUGGGGCUUCUAUCUCUCACCAAUGUUCAUACUCUUAGGAGGUGGACCAUGGGCGACUGCGUUCUCGAUCAUGGAGGCGAUAUCAGGAAUCGCGGACCUCCUCGGGCCAAUUAUUGGCACAAUGACGAUGACCAUUCACCUCGGGAUUCCGUUCGCUCUCGCACUCGUGGUUUUCUCUUUGGUGUUCAUUCCAGCGAACCAUCUUCGCGAGAACACAGUGAGCGACAUGGAGGGUGUUCGGUCAUCAGUAGCUGAGACCGAGUCACUUCUCAGUGCCGACAGCACCUCGGAUCGUGAGGAGACUGACUUAGAACACACCGCCAGGGACCUGCUCCCUUCAAGAGCCGUCAUAUUCAGCAUAUGCUUUAUCUGCUUCUUUUUCUUCCAGGUAGCAAGGGACUCCACGAACUAUUUGAUACCUUGGGUGUCUUUACGCUUUGGAGAGACCAUGGCCCGGGCCGGACUCCUAUUCUCUCUACGAGCAAUCAUGUCAUCUCUUCUAUACUUUGUUAUCUUGCCGCUUGCCACUUCUUGGAUAGACCAGACUUGGCAAAGUGCAAACAGAGAUCUUGCACUUUCUGCAUCGGGUGCUUUUUGUUGUACAUUGGGCACUCUCAUUGUCGCAGCCGCAUCAAACCUUGCGACGGUUGCUUUUGGAUUUGCACUAUCAGUUCUGGGAUCAAGCAUGACCGUUACGUUACGAUCUUUCCUUGCUUCAAACGUGCAAAAUGCUUUUUCGGGGCGUUUAUUCGCGGGUAUCUCUAUGACAGGGACUAUUGGUAGCCUCGUUGGCAUGCCCAUCAUGGGAGCUGCCUAUUCUUUGGGCAUCAACUACAAUAUUGGGCUUCCUUUCUUGGUUUCGGCACUAUCGUAUUUUCUCGUACUUGGACUCCUUGUAUGGCUUGCGUCGAGAAUCUGA